GUAGGUGGUUUCACGCUGCCCAGAUCGGCCGUCCACGAGGCCAGUCAUGAACACGAAGCUUCAAUGAAGAGUGACGAGCUAACAAAGCUCAACAAAGAAUGACGAGCUGACAACAUCCAAUGAAGAGCAACGAGCUGAGACCUUACAUAAGUCGUCACUCAUAUGCUUCCUGGUUUCAGGUCGUCACUCCUGAACUUCCUGGUUCCAGGUCGUCACUCUUGAGCUUCCUGGUUUUCCAGGUCGUCACUCCUGAGCUUCCUGGUUUCAGGUCGUCACCUCAGUUCCCUGGCUCUGGCCAUGGUGACCCCGAGCCACCUAUUUCACUUCAGCUACGGCUAUAACGCAUGACUCUGUGUCAUGCCUUUUCACCUCAGUU